AUGACAGACGAAACAACCUACCCCAUGGUGUACUUCAACAUCAAGAUCGGUGGUCACUACGAAGGCCAAAUUCUCUUCGAGCUCUACAACGACACCAACCCGCGCACGGCCGAGAACUUCCGCUGCCUCUGCACCGGCGAGAAGGGCUACGGCCUCGCGGACCGCCCUUUACACUACAAAGGCGCCAAAUUCCACAGUGUCAUCCCCGGAUUCUACUGUCGGGCCGGCGACAUCACCACCAGAGACGGCACCGGUGGGGAGUCCAUAUACGGAGAGAAGUUCGAGGACGAGAACUUCACCAGAAAGCACACGGAGAGGGGAAUGCUUUCAAUGGCGAACAACGGACCGGACACAAAUAAUUCGCAGUUCUUGAUCUGUUUUAGGAAGGCGGAGGAGCUGGACGGCAAACAUGUGGUGUUCGGUAAGGUGAUUCAAGGCAUGGAGGUGGUGGAGGCCAUCGAGAAUUUGGGGUCGCCAUCGGGGAAGAUGGAGAAGCCUGUUGUGGUCAUGGACUGUGGUAAGUAUCCUCACUGUUGA